UUUUUUUUCUCACCGCAGACAUAUUCAGGCUUGUUCUGCGUAGCAAUAAAUCCAUACAAACGCUUUCCUAUCUACACUAACAGAGUGGUCCAAAUGUAUAAAGGAAAAAGGCGAGGAGAGAUGCCACCUCAUAUAUUUGCUGUUUCUGACGGAGCAUAUAAUGACAUGUUGCAAAAUCGUGAAAAUCAGUCUAUGUUGAUUACUGGGGAGUCUGGAGCCGGAAAAACAGAAAACACGAAAAAAGUUAUUGCUUAUUUUGCUAAUGUGGGUGCUGUGUCAGCAAAAUCAGCUAAGGAAAAGAAAGAAAAAGAAGCAUCUUCAAAGAAGGGUAAUUUAGAGGACCAGGUUAUUCAGACCAAUCCAGUUCUAGAAGCUUUUGGAAACGCCAAAACUGUCAGGAAUGAUAACUCAUCUCGAUUUGGUAAAUUCAUCCGCAUCCAUUUUGGACCAAUGGGCAAACUUGCUGGUGCUGACAUUGAAACUUAUUUAUUAGAAAAAGCACGUGUGAUAUCUCAACAGCCACUUGAACGUUCCUACCACAUUUUUUAUCAAAUUAUGUCUGGAAAAAUUAAGAACUUGAAAGAAAAAGUCCUUCUUUCAAACAACGUCCACGAUUAUCACUUCGUAUCUCAGGGUAAGACUGAUAUUCCCGGAGUAGAUGAUGGUGAGGACAUGCUGGUAACUGACAAUGGUUUUGAUGUGCUGGGUUUCACAGAUGAAGAAAAGCUCAAUAUUUACAAAAUCACGGCUUCAGUUAUGCACUUAGGAGAGUUAAAAUUUAAGCAAAGACCUCGAGAAGAACAGGCAGAAGCUGAUGGAACUGAAGCAGGAGAAAAAGUUGCUCAUCUUCUCGGGCUUAAUGCUGCUGAUUUAUACAAAAAUUUAUUGAAGCCAAAAAUUAGAGUUGGCAACGAACUUGUUACACAAGGAAGAAACAAAGAGCAGGUUGUAUAUUCUGUGGGAGCUCUUUCAAAAGCAAUGUAUGAUAGAUUGUUUAAAUGGCUUGUCAAGAGGGUCAAUGAAACUUUAGAUACUAAACAGAAAAGGCAAUAUUUCAUUGGUGUAUUGGAUAUAGCUGGGUUUGAAAUUUUUGACUUCAAUAGUUUCGAGCAGCUGUGUAUCAACUUCACUAAUGAAAAAUUACAACAAUUCUUCAAUCAUCACAUGUUUGUUUUGGAACAAGAAGAGUACAAACGCGAAGGCAUUGAGUGGACCUUCAUUGAUUUUGGUUUGGAUCUACAGGCGUGUAUAGAUCUAAUAGAAAAGCCCAUGGGUGUCCUCUCAAUUUUAGAAGAAGAAUCUAUGUUUCCUAAAGCAAGUGAUAAAACCUUUGAGGAGAAGCUUAAAGCUAAUCAUCUAGGCAAAUCACCUAAUUUUGUAAAACCUAAACCACCCAAACCUGGACAGCAAGAAGCUCACUUUGCCAUUGUACAUUACGCCGGAACAGUGCCUUAUAAUCUCUGCGGCUGGCUGGAAAAGAACAAAGAUCCUCUAAAUGAUACGGUUGUUGAUCAGUUCAAGCAUGCAUCAAAUAAAUUGCUCAAUGACAUCUUUGAAGAUCACUCCGGUUUAGGAGUAGAUGAUCCCAAGAAAGGUGGUGGCCGCAAGAAGGGAUCUGGUUUCCAGACCGUCUCUGCGUUGUACAGGGAACAACUUAACAAGUUGAUGACAACUCUGAGACAAACUCAACCUCAUUUUGUCCGUUGUAUUAUUCCCAAUGAAACCAAAUCCCCAGGUGUAAUUGAUUCACAUUUGGUUAUGCAUCAACUUACCUGCAACGGUGUAUUAGAAGGCAUCCGUAUCUGCCGUAAAGGGUUUCCAAACCGAAUGGUCUACCCAGAUUUCAAACACAGAUAUACAAUUCUGGCUCCAAAUUCCAUCCCAGCGGGUUUUGUUGAUGCAAAAAAAGCUACGGAAUGCAUUCUUACAGCUAUUCAACUAGAAGCAAAUGACUAUAGGUUGGGACACACCAAGGUAUUUUUCCGAGCUGGAGUUUUAGGUCGAUUAGAAGAAAUGAGAGAUGAGAGAUUAGGAAAGAUAAUUACAUGGCUUCAAGCUUGGAUUAGGUGGUACGAAUGCAAAAAAGAAUUCAAGAAAUUACAAGAACAAAGAAUUGCACUACUUGUGAUCCAAAGAAAUCUACGAAAGUUUUUGCAGCUCAGGAAUUGGUUAUGGUGGAAGUUGUAUUCUAAGGUUAAACCACUUCUCAGUAUUGCUCGAGUAGAAGAUGAAUUAAGAGCAUUGGAAGAGAAAUUGAAAGUUGAGCAUGAAGCUUUAGUGAAAGAAGAAAAAGUUCGUAAGGAACUAGAAACUACAAAUGUAAAACUUUUACAAGAGAAAAACGACUUAUUUUUACAAUUAGAGGCUGAACGUUCGAGUGCGGGUGACUUAGAAGAACGUCUAAACAGAGCAUUGGCGCAAAAAGCUGAUUUAGCUUGCCAGCUACAGGAUGUACAAGAACGACUCACACACGAGGAAGACGCUCAUACCCAGAUGGCUCAAAUUAAGAAAAAGUUAGAAACUGACGUUAAUGCUCUGAAAAAAGAAGUCGAGGAUUUGGAACUAACUAUACAAAAAGCUGAACAAGAUAAAGCAUCAAGGGACCACCAGAUCAGAAACUUAAACGAAGAAAUUUCUCAUCAAGAUGACCUAAUAAACAAAUUAACAAAAGAGAAAAAGCAUUUACAGGAGAUUAAUCAAAAAACAGCUGAAGAUUUACAAGUUACAGAGGACAAGGUCAAUCAUUUGAAUAAGGUCAAGGUUAAAUUGGAACAAACUCUAGAUGAGCUGGAAGACAGUCUUGAGCGUGAAAAGAAAUGUAGAGCUGAAAUGGAAAAAAUGAAACGAAAAACAGAAGGAGAUCUGAAGUUAGCUCAAGAAGCUUUGGCUGACCUGGAAAAAGCAAAAAAAGAGAUCGAGCAGACCAGCCAAAGAAAAGAGAAGGAAAUGGCCAGUCUAGCAGCCAAAUUAGAGGAUGAACAAAGCUUGGUUGCUAAACUACAAAAGCAAAUUAAGGAACUUCAGGCAAGAAUAGAAGAGCUUGAAGAAGAACUUGAAGCUGAAAGGCAAGCGAGAGCGAAAGCAGAGAAACAAAGAGCUGAUCUUGCAAGAGAAAUUGAAGAGCUUAGUGAAAGACUUGAAGAAGCUGGAGGAGCAACAUCAGCACAGGUUGAACUAAACAAAAGAAGGGAAGCUGAGAUGAGUAAACUGAGACGCGACUUAGAAGAAGCUAAUUUGCAACAUGAACAAGUUUUAUCUAAUCUAAGGAAAAAACACAAUGAUGUUGUUGCAGAGUUGAGUGAGCAGUUAGAUCAAAUGAACAAACACAAAGCUAGGCUAGAAAAAGAAAAAUUACAAAUGAAAGGUGAAUUAGAUGAUUUACGCUCCAGUGUAGACCAUGUAAAUAAAGAAAAAGCAAACGCUGAAAAGCAAGCGAAACAGAUGGAAAUCCAAUUGAUGGAUUUGCAAGGAAAGAUGGACGAAGCUAACCGCUCACUUGCAGAUUUCGAUGCCGCCAAGAAAAGGCUUACUGUUGAAAAUGGUGAGCUGUUGAGACAACUUGAGGAAGCUGAAGCACAAGUUUCACAAUUAACGAAAUUGAAAACAUCCCUAGCAUCGCAACUUGAUGAUGCUAAACGAACUGCUGACGAAGAAAGCCGGGAACGAGCAGCUAUUAUGGGCAAGUUCCGUAAUUUAGAGCACGAUAUGGACACACUUAGGGAACAGUUGGAGGAAGAACAAGAGGCUAAGGCAGAUCUGCAAAGGCAAUUAAGUAAGGUUAAUGCCGAAGUCCAGCUGUGGAGAAACAAAUACGAAAGUGAAGGCUUAGCUCGACUGGAAGAGCUAGAAGAUUCCAAGAGAAAACUGCAAGCAAAAUUACAAGAAGCAGAUGAAACCAUUGAACAACUGAAUGCCAAAUGCAGUAGCUUAGAAAAAACAAAAACCAGACUUCAAGGCGAGUUGGAGGAUAUGUCUAUAGAAGUCGAAAAGGCAAAUUCUCUCGCAAAUGCUUUGGAGAAGAAACAGAAAUCUUUUGACAAAAUAGUAGCUGAAUGGAAACAACGAGUUGAUGAUUUAGCUGCUGAGUUAGACGCUUCUCAGAGGGAAUGCAGAAAUUAUUCGACAGAAGUUUUCAAACUCAGAACGCAGUACGAAGAAAGCCAAGAACAAUAUGAAUCUGUUAAAAGGGAAAACAAAAAUCUCCAAGAUGAAAUUAAAGAUUUGAUGGACCAAUUAGGAGAAGGUGGAAGAAAUGUCCAUGAGUUAGAAAAAUCUCGUAAGCGCCUUGAAAUGGAGAAAGAAGAGCUGCAAGCUGCAUUGGAAGAAGCCGAAGCUGCACUGGAACAAGAGGAAAACAAAGUACUUCGAGCUCAAUUAGAAUUAUCUCAAAUAAGACAGGAGAUCGAUAGAAGAUUGCAAGAAAAAGAAGAAGAAUUUGAAAACACUAGAAAAAAUCAUCAACGAGCAAUCGAUUCCAUGCAAGCUAGCCUGGAAGCUGAAGCUCGUGGCAAAGCAGAAGCUUUAAGACUGAAAAAGAAAUUGGAAAGUGAUAUUAAUGAACUAGAAAUUGCUUUGGACCAUGCCAACAAGGCUAAUGCAGAAGCACAAAAGAAUCUCAAGAAAUACCAGUUGAGCUUAAAGGAGCUUCAAGCAGCAUUAGAAGAAGAACAGCGUGCUAGAGAUGAGUUAAGAGAGCAAUAUGCAAUGUCUGAAAGACACUGCAAUGCUCUGCAUGGUGAAUUGGAAGAAAGUCGACAACUUAUGGAACAGUCCGAUAGAGCCCGUAGAGCUGCUGAAUCUGAAUUAGCAGAAUUAAGAGAACAAUUGAACGAACUUACAGCAAGCAAUGCUUCCUUAUCUAUGGCGAAGAGAAAGCUUGAAGGCGAGAUGCAAGCAUUACACGCUGAUCUUGAUGAAAUGCUUAACGAAGCAAAGAAUUCUGAAGAAAAGGCAAAGAAAGCAAUGGUUGACGCUGCUCGUCUGGCUGAUGAAUUAAGAUCAGAACAAGAGCAUGCCUUGCAGCAAGAGAAAAUGCGUAAAGCAUUAGAACAACAAAUGAAGGACUUGCAAGUUAGGUUAGACGAAGCUGAAGCUGCUGCUUUGAAAGGCGGAAAGAAAAUUAUACAGAAACUUGAACAAAAGGUCAGGGAACUCGAGAAUGAUGUCGAAAAUGAAAAUAGAAAGCAUGCGGAAGCUUCCAAAAAUUACCGUAAGGCCGAAAGAAGACUUAAAGAAGUGCAGUUCCAGAUGGAAGAAGAUCGCAAAAAUCAUGAAAGAAUGCAAGACCUUGUAGAUAAACUUCAGCAGAAGAUCAAAACCUACAAGAGGCAAAUUGAAGAAGCUGAAGAGAUAGCGGCAUUGAAUCUCGCAAAGUAUCGUAAAGUGCAACAAGAACUCGAAGAUGCUGAAGAACGAGCAGAUAUGUCUGAACAAGCCCUUGCAAAACUCAGGGCUAAAAACCGAAGCUCCGUAUCAUCUGGUCGCGGAAUCAGCCCUGGUCCUAUUGUGAAACCUGUUACUCGCAAAAUUAAAGCAUCUGAUGAAUAAAAAUCUGACAGUUGGUGUAUACUUACUUGUAGCCACCUUCAAGAUUCCAGUCAAAACACAAUCUCACUGACUUGCCACAUUCUCUCAGCCGUAAUUUAUAUGCUCCAAUGAAGUUCAGUUCUCGUGAAUAUUUGGAUGACAGCGACCAUUGAAACACAAUUUGAUUCUGCACUGAAGAUAUGUUUAGCAAGCAAAAGACAUAAAAAUAAUUCUUAACUUCCAUAACAACUCAUUUUUUAUUUAAUUGUAAAGAAAUAAAGCAACUUUUAAUGUGAACAAGAAAAUAUGGUCUUUAUUUAAAUAAGUGGUGUUCAACUUGGUGCUCUCCUUAUGUACUGUCUUCUAUCCUGAAUAUUAGAUUCUUUAGAAAAUUAUUUACCAAUGUAUUUUCACAAAGAAAAUAAAAUGUCAUUUAACAUAAAAA